AUGGAGGCCUUUGAGGAGGAGGCGCCAACGCUGGCACCUCCCCAGCCAGCAGAGCUGGAUGAAGAGCUCUCUCUGGGGACCCGGUCAGGAGACAUGGACUCCUAUGAUUUGACCAUCCUUCAUUUCAACGAUGUUUACGAUGUGAACUCGUGUACUGAGGAGCCUGUAGGAGGUGCUGCUAGGUUUGCAACAGCUGUGAAAAAGUUUCGCAUCCUGAAUCCACUCUUGAUUUUCAGUGGUGACUGCUUAAAUCCUUCAGUCUUAAGCACCAUAACAAAAGGAAAGCACAUGAUUCCUAUAUUGAAUGAGUUGGGAGUGCAUUUUGCAGUUUUUGGAAACCACGAGUUUGAUUUUGGCGUUGAUAUUUUGGAAGAAUAUAUGAAGCAAAUGCACUUUACAUGGUUUCUCAGUAAUGUCCAUGACAGAUUUACUUCGGAACCUCUUGGACAUGGUACAGUAAAAAAGAUAGUUAAUUGGAACAAUCUGAAAAUUGGCCUAAUGGGACUAGUUGAAGAAGAUUGGCUUGAUACUCUUGCUACAGUUAAUAAGUCUAAUGUCAACUACAAAGAUUACGUCGAAGCCGCUAAUGAGCUAGCAGUUGAACUCAGAGAAGAAGGAGCGGAUCUCGUGAUUGCAAUGACACAUAUGAAGUGGGGAAAUGACACAAGGCUUGCUCAGCAAGCAGAAGGGCUCGAUUUGAUUCUGGGAGGCCAUGAUCAUGAAUAUGACAUCAGGAAAGUGAAUGAGACUUGGAUUGUCAAAAGUGGAUUUGAUUUUAAAAAUCUGACAAAAAUAAAUAUACGGCUGUUUGAUGCCUCUUUCCAGUAUGUAUUUGAGAAAGUGGAUGUUGUGAGUUAUUUGGAAGAAGAUUCAUAUAUCAAAGCAAUAGUAAGGGAUUUUACUCAAAACAUACAGUAUAUGUUAGAAGAAGUUCUCUGCCCGAUCAAUAUGGAAUUAGAUGGCCGUGAAAUUACUGUGAGAAGAUGUGAGAGUAAUCUUGGGAAUCUCGUGACGAAUGCAAUGUUAGAGGCCACCAGAGCUGAUGUGGCCCUGCUUAACUCAGGCACUCUCAGAUCUGAUAGGAUACACCCACCAGGGAAUUUCACUCUGCAUGAUCUUUUGGCUAUACUCCCCAUAGUGGACCCAGUUUUGGUCAUUAGAGUAACGGGCGCACAGCUACUUGCAGCACUUGAAAAUGGGGUAUACAAGUACCCAGCUCUAGAUGGGAGAUUUCCUCAGGUGGCUGGGAUAGAAUUUGGAUUUGAUCCAGAUGCAGAACCAGGACAUCGGGUUAUAAGAGACACUGUGAAAGUUCAAGGACAGUACCUGUGGAAAAAAAAAGUCUAUCUUCUGGCCACUAAGGAAUACAUAGCAAAUGGGAAGGAUGGUUACAGUAUGUUUAAAAGUUGCCCUCGAAUGUUUGAUACUGAAACCGCGCAGGUGCUGUCUACGGUUGUCAUGAAUCACUUUGAAUCAAUAAAAAUUUUGCAAGGAAAGAAGAAAUGUGUUUCAGGCCAUCGAAUGAGUUUGAUUAUGACAACAAACAAAUCACCGUCACUGACAGCCUUUGAGGAAGAAUCAGACAAACAAUCAGGAGUCAUUGCAGUUCCUGGAAUAGAAGGAAGAAUCUGUCAUAUUUCUCCAGAUAUGAAAGAACAUUUGCACCAACUUAGAACUGCAAGAAAGCAAGGCCGAAGAACUCUGCCCAGCAUUAGUGAUAAUGCAUUUGAGAAUUCUGAUUCUGACUAA